GCAGACGGAACGUGUAAACCUAUGGGGGCCGCAGGGGCGCGGUAUAUUCAUCGUGCAGAGAUGGCGUGGAGAUCAAGCGGAGAAUCUCACGAAGAGCUCAUUACGAGACUAAAAGAAAAUGGAAUCAUCAAGAAUGAUUUAGUCUUGAAAGCAAUGCGAGGUGUUGAUCGCAAACAUUACAGCAGUAAUAGUCCAUAUGCUGACUCUCCACAGAGUAUUGGAUAUGCUGUAACUAUAAGCGCACCUCAUAUGCAUGCACAUGCCCUUGAACUUCUCAAAGAUCAUCUUAGUGAAGGCAAAGCAGCACUGGAUGUUGGAUCAGGAAGUGGCUAUUUGACAUCCUGUAUGGCAAUCAUGGUAGGAUCCAGCGGGAAGGUAGUAGGAAUAGACCACAUCAAAGAACUGGUAGAUAAAUCUAGGAAGAAUAUAGAGAAAGAUAAUCCUGAUUUACUGACAUCGGGCAGAAUACAGCUAAUAGUUGGCGAUGGUAGGCAAGGAUAUCCAGCUGGUGCCCCAUAUGAUGCUAUCCAUGUUGGUGCUGCAGCUCCAACAUUACCACAGGCACUCAUCGAGCAGCUGAAGCCUGGUGGGCGUCUCAUCAUCCCUGUAGGACCGCAGGGAGCGGCUCAGAAUCUAGAGCAGUACGACAAGACACCAGAAGGACAGGUCACUAAGAAGACCCUCAUGGGCGUGGUCUAUGUACCCCUUACCGGUAAAGAACAGCAGUCCUGGCAAGAUGAAGUAGACGAUGGAUGAGACACAAACAUAGACAAUAACAAUUGCAUAUUGGACCUUUAUUUUCCUGUUGGUUUCAUUCUUUUCGAUGAUUUACUCUCAAAGAAUGUCAAAGAAUGCUGUGAUCAGGUUUGUUUCUGCUUGAGGUGGUUUGUAGUCAGGCAUGAAUGCUGGGGACAGAACCGUUUGUUGACAAUUGGAGCUGAAUCCAAACAGGAUUAUUGAACAAGAACAAGUGGGUACUACAAGCCAAGAUGUGCAGAUGAUUUCUUCAUUAUCUAUGAAGUUUCCUUGGUUUGUAAUUAGGAGAUGAUCGUUAGAUACAAAUGAGUGAAUGCAUGGACUCAUUACAUUGAAUCACUGUAUGGCAUACAUGAAGAUCUCUCAUGCUGAUGCUAAAAGAGAGUUAAUGCUUUCAUAGCAUGGACUAAACAAGCAGAGCAAAUAAAUUGGAAUGGAGAUGAUUUUAUUUUCAAUGGGACUUACAUGUAUGAGUAACAAAUAUUCUGAAAUCUGCAUUUGAUGUCAUUUUGAAUUUCCAAUGUAUGUAGAACAGCUUGAUAAAUGCCCUUUCAGACAUUGUAGUAGCAAGGAAUUGUUUGUUUAAGCAAUUGUGUACUUUUAAUAUCCAAGUGCUAAGAAGAAAGCUUCAGAAGAUCUAUAGUUACAAGUCCUGUCUGAGGGACUGAGUAAUUUGGGAUUUACACUUGGCCCAGGGGGAAAUGGGCCUUCAUUGAUCUUGCAUCUAGGUUAACCUGGGUUUAAGUCCAUUGCUCUGGUCACUGAACCAAAAACAUAUUUGGCUGCAUAAGACUUGGGUAUGAUAUUGUACAUGUGGCUUGUCUGUACAUGGAUACCUGUAACUGGCUGUGAGAGAUUACAACUCAUUGGUAUGUUGAAAUAAUAAUAACAAUAAUAAUAUUUAAUUUUUAUAUAGCGCUUAUUACAAAUGUCUCUAAGCGCUUUACAAAUAUACUAUUACCCCGGUGGAAUGCACUAUGUAUUUUAUUGUAGAAACUGCUAGUAUAAAGUCAAAGUGAUCUUUGAGUUCUGGCAAUGGAACUGCACUUCAAGAGAAACUGACUUGAAAUCACAAUUAAUGAUCAUGCAAUGCAUAUGUUAUUGGAUUGCCCAGUUAGAAAUCAUAGUCACUGACAAUUACAAACCUGUUUAUGCAUAUAUGGGACUACAUGUAUUCUCAUGGUCAUGAUCAACAUCUCCAUUUCCUCAUAUUUAUUUGAUAAUUACUCAGCAUUUUAUAUUUUUCUUAAUAUUAAUCAACAAAUAACAAUAACUUUAUUUGGUAGUUAAAGUUAAUUUGAUAGUCUUAAGAUUCAGUUUGAAUUUGAUUGGAUUCUUUGAGGAUUGUGUUUUUCAUCAUAACCAGAACUCAAACUUGACUUCACAGAAUACAUAGACAAUGCUUAAGCAGAAGAUAUCAACACUUUGCUUUGUGUGAUAAUGUAAUCCUCAACGGAUUUCAUUG